ACUGCAUAUUAAGAGAAUCUUAGAGCCAGAUCGAGAGGAUGCAAUCUACUACACAUGCAUAGUUACAAACUCUGUAUUGCAUCAUCUUGGUGAAAUCCAUACUCUACUCCAAAUAGUACAGUAUAGAUUUACAUUAAUUAUUUCAAGCAAUAAGUGGAAUUUGCUAUUUGACAUGGAAGAAGCUGUAUAUCUCAACUAGAUAGAUAUUGCAUCAUCUUGGUGAAAUCCAUACUCUGCUCCAGAGAGUAUAGCUUAUUCCCAAGCAAUCAUUGGAAUUUACUAUCUGACAUUGAAGAAACUAUAUAUCUCAACUAGAUAUAUCACAACAAUUAUGUGAGUGACUUCCAAAAAAAGCAAGGGCGGCUGAAGGACCGAGUAGAUGACGUUGACGCAAACUUGAUGACACAGCUUGGGCAGCCCGGAAAGAUUACAAAAAAGGAAGUUGAAACUUGGCUAGAGGAUGCGCGCCAAGAAAUUGCUGAAAAGGUGAUUGAUGAUCUGAUCUGCAAAGGGGGUUGUUUCACGUAUAUUUGCUCAUCAAGAAAGCUCGAUAAAGAGACUCAAGCACUGGAAGUGGGGAUACUUAAGCGAGGGGAAAAAUACACUAAUGUUGGUGAGAUUUUGGUCAUGGAUGAUCACUCAAUCCAGUAUUGUGCGAGGGUAUUUGAAGAUAAGCAAAAGGAGGUGAAGCAGGUCAAGGAAAAAAUUGAGGCUGAUUUGAAGACUCAGCUUGGGCAACCUGGAAAGAUUGCCUGGAACAAAGUCGAAGAUUGGCUGAAGAAAGCAAGCCAACAAGUUACCAUGAGGGUUGAAGAUCUGAUCAGCCCAGGGAAAUGUUCCUCAUCAACCAACAUCGAAGAAAAGAUUGAAGAAUUGAAGCAAUUACUUGAGGAAGGAAAACAACUCACUUCUGUUGGUGUGAGUUUGGUCAUCGAUGAUCACUCAAAAAAAGGAGUUCCAAUGCCUGCUGAAAAAUGGAUUGCACGGAAUGAGGUGCAAGAAGAGAUCCUGCAACUAUUAAGGGGAGACAGGGUUACAAGAAUUGCAGUUUGCGGAAUGGGUGGUGUGGGCAAGACAACAAUCAUGAAGCAAGUCCACAACCAACUAUUGAAAGAACCCACAAUUAAGAAAGUUCUUUGGGUAACAGUAUCGAAAAACUUUGAUAUUGUUCUCCAACAAAAAAGGCAGUUUGAUACUCUCAAGUUUCAGAAGAACAUUGCAAGAAAAUUGGGACUUGACCUCAAUGAGGAUGAAGAUGAAACCCAGCUUGCAGCACGGAUAUCACAAAGAUUACGAAAGUGCAGUUGUGUUUUAAUUCUGGAUGAUGUGUGGGAGCGUUUUUCUCUAGAAAAGGUUGGAAUCCUUGAUCCAGUUGGAAAUAAUGCUUGUAAGUUAGUGCUCACGACACGGUUACAACAAGAGGUUGCUCGUCAAAUGAGGUGUGAGGAGAUUUAUGUGAAACCUCUUUCAGAUGGUGAAGCAUUAGCAUUAUUCUUGGAUAAAGUUGAAAGUGACUUGAAGUCCCAUCCCAGAUUCAGAAGUGAUAUAGAGCCAUUUUUUAAUCAAAUUUUGAAGAAAUGUAAUGGUCUACCCCUUGCUAUCGGGGUGGUGGCAAAAACCAUGAGCGGAAAGUUUGAUCGUUACUCAUGGGAGAUGGCAGAUAAAGAAUUGGGCAAAUCUGAAGAAAUUAUUGAUUGUUUGAAAUUCAGUUAUGAUCACUUAGAAGAACAAUACAAGAAGUGUUUUUUAUAUUGUGCAAUGUAUCCUGAGGAUCAUGAAAUCCAAAAAGAGGAGUUGAUUGAGUUUUGGAUUGAGGAGGGAUUUAUAACAGAUGAAAGGGGGUAUCGGCACUUAAUGAUUUGUGAGGGCCAUUCUAUUAUUCAGAAGUUGAUAGACAAUUGCAUGUUGGAAUCAGUUAAAAAAAAUUAUGAAGGACGUAGACUGGUACAGCUUCAAAUAGUUAAAAUCAAAAACAAAGAUUGGGUGAGUAUGCAUGAUCUUCUCCGAGAAAUGGCAUUGAAGAUUAUUCAUCCUCAAUUCAUGGUGAAAGCUGGCAUGGCCUUGGAAGAGCUACCAGAGGAGGUUGAAGGGAGAAAAAAUCUUUUGAAGGUUUCUCUAAUGAAGAAUCAAAUAAGCGAAUUUCCUUCAAGUAUGUUGUCUCCCAAGUGUCCAAUGCUCACAACCUUGUUGUUGUCCAAAAACAAUAUUACAACAAUUCCAGAAGCCUUUUUUGAUCAUAUGCCUGGGCUGAAGAUCCUUGAUCUUUCUGGCAAUCACCAGCUACAUAGGCUGCCGAGUUCUGUUUCUAAAUUAGAGAGCCUUACGACACUACUGUUGGAGAAUUGUGAGUCCUUAGAAGAGGUACCAUUUUUAUCCAACCUUGGAGGCUUAAAAAAGUUAAACCUUUAUGGGACAUCAAUUAAAGAACUACCCCAAGGUCUCAACAUGUUAACCAAUCUAAAAUAUCUUUGGCUUGGUAGAAUGUCAUCUGAUAUACCUGACGGAUUGCUACGAAAUCUCUCCAAACUUCAGUGUUUAAGAGUAGAUGGGACUAUAUCGUUGAAAUGGGUGGAGAUUGGAAGAUUGAGUAAGUUGGAAUCUCUUGAUAUCCGAUUGUCUACGCUGGAUGAUAUGAGGCUCUUUGUUAAGUCUGAAAGAAAGUUUUUAAAUCAAUACAGAAUUUUGGUUGGCAGCUACCAUGCAGAUGAUCAUUACUACUAUAACGAAACCUUUUCAAAUGUAAUGAGAUCAAUUGUAUGCUGUCAUAUUGAUAUAUGUGAGGAGCCUAAUUGGUUACCAUCUGAUGCACAAGGCUUCUACAUCUUGGAAUGUAGGGAUGUGAGAAGCUUGGACGACAUUUCUGGCUUUCAAGAAGCAACCAACUUGUGGCACUGCACCGUUGAUCAUUGUGAUGGCCUGGAGUUUGUUGUUUCCUCGCGCUGCUUAAAGCUGCUCCAAAACCUUGAGUCGCUAUACCUUUAUGGUCUGGAAAAAUUGAAUGCAGUGGUUGGGGCAGUAGAAGCAGUUGUCAAGUCAGCCCCGCUGCCAGCUGGCACUUUUUCUUCUCUUGAAAAAAUUGAAGUUGGUUUUUGUGAAAAAAUAAAGAAGUUAUUACCGCUUAUGUUGUUGCGGUAUCUCCAGAAUCUACAGGCCAUUGAGGUUAUAAGUUGUGAUCAAAUGGAGGAGAUAAUAUGGUCCGAAUAUGAAGAAGAAGGAGAAAAAGCCCUAGAAAAACUCACUCUACCAAAGUUAGAAAGGGUGAUAUUGGAGGGGUUACUCGCAUUGAAGAGCAUCUACAGUGGCUCUACUACUGUCUUGAUCUGUGAUUCCCUCAAAAGCAUUCAAAUUCAGGGCUGCCCAAAAAUAGAGAGUGUUUUUUGGACAGGGUUUAACCCACUUCCAACCCUGGAGCAUCUAAAGCUUUACGACUUAGAGAAUCUGAAAUCCGUGUUUGGUGAAGAAGUUCUUGGUUUAUCAGCCCCUCCCAGCAACUUUUUCUCUCUUAAAACAAUUCGUGUGGUUGAGUGCCCUAAAUUAAAGAAAGUAUUCUCAUCUGGAUGGCUGCUUGGCUACUUCCAAUCUCUAGAGGGUAUUUAUGUUGAUAGCUGUGAACAAAUGGAGAAGCUGAUAUCAUCAUCGACCUAUGAAGAAAAAGAAGCCCUAGAAAAAAUCACUCUACCCAAGCUCCAAGGGUUAGGAUUAUUUCAAUUGCUCGAAUUGAAGAGCAUCUGUAGCAGUUCCAGUGUGUUGAUUUGUGAUUCCAUCAACGAUCUGUGGAUUCGCGACUGUAAGAAGCUAAAGAGGAUUCCUCUACAUCUUUCCUCGCUUGACAAUGGCCAACCUCCUUCCCUCAAACAAAUUAAGAUAGACACAAAAGAACGUUGGGAAUCAUUGGAAUGGGACCAAUCCAAUGCAAAGGAUGUCCUUUCUACCUUCUGUAAAUUUCACCGUGACAGCAACACUGACAUUGAAGAAGAAGAAGAAAAAGAAAUGUCUGGUGAUGACAACGAUGAUGAAGAAGAAGAAAAAGAAGAAAUGUCUGAUGACGACAACAAUGAUGAUGAAGAAGAAGAAGAAUCUCUUAGGAUGGGCUAAGAAGCAAAGGAGUGUAGGCUCUUUGGUGAUUGGGCAGUGCAAAUCAAAGCUGGAGUUGGACUCUGUUACCACAAGAAAGCUGGAGGAAAUCA